GAAGAUGAUCUUGAAUUGAAAAAAUUUGAACAAUUCUUUAUGGACUUAUCUUCGAAAAAUUCUUCAAUUAUGAUUCAUCCAGAUGGUUUAAAACUUCUUCUAAAAGAUUUUAACAGACUAUUUAGAAUGUCAAAAUCAUCUCAAUUGAGAAAUUCAAGCGACUAUAAUACUCUAUUAGGUUACUUGGAAACAAUCGUCGAUUUGCCUUGGAGCCUUGAAAAUGAUGUACCAACAGUUGAUCUAAAUAAAGCUCAAAUCCAACUCGAUGCUGAUCAUUAUGGCUUGAAAAAUGUUAAAAAGAGAUUAAUUGAGUAUUUGGCAAAUAAAUUAUCAUCUAAAUCAAAUUUGAGUGUUUCUAGAGCUCCCAUUAUAUGUCUUUAUGGUCCACCUGGCGUGGGAAAAACUUCUCUUGCAAAGUCUGUGGCUAAGACAAUGGGUAGACAAUUUCAAAGAAUCUCUCUUGGUGGUAUCAAUCAUGAAUCUGAGAUCCGGGGUCACAGAAGAACUUAUGUAGGUGCAUUGCCUGGAGUUUUAGUAUCAGCUUUACGAAAAUCCAAAUCUUUAAACCCAGUCAUUUUAUUAGAUGAAAUUGAUAAAGUUCAAAGUGGUGGAAAAGGAGGAAGUCUUAAUGGUGAUCCAUCAGCUGCUCUAUUGGAAGUUUUAGAUCCAGAACAAAAUUCAACUUUCACUGAUCAUUUUAUUGGCUUUCCAAUUGAUUUGUCUCAAGUCCUAUUUAUAUGUACAGCUAACGAUAUUUCUAGAUUACAUCCUGCUUUGAUGGAUAGAAUGGAAGUUAUUGAAAUUACUGGAUAUAACCAAUUCGAUAAAAUUAAAAUUGCAAAGAAACACCUUUUACCCAAACAGUUACUGAAAAACGGAUUACCAAAAAAUGCACUUAAAGUUGAUGAUGACACUAUUAUGAAGUUAAUUCUUGAUUUCACUCACCCUGAAGCAGGCGUUAGAAAUCUUGAAAGGCAAAUUAGUGCAAUUUGCAGAGGCAAGGCAAUCGAAUACUCAAAAUUUGUGAAAAACGAUGCUAUUUUAGAAGACAUAUCACAAUCUGAUUACAGCCCAUUAGUUUCAGAAAACGAAUUGUUUAAAUACCUUGGUCUCCCUCCUCUUAAUUCCUCAUCGUCAAUUAAAAAUAAUUUAACAUACUCCAAGAUUUCAACUAGAUAUGGCGUGGUUAAUGGGUUAAGUUACAAUUCAAAUGGAUCUGGAUCAACCUUGUUAUUUGAAACAAUUUCGGUUCCUGCAGAUUCCUAUUCAUUAAUUACGACUGGAAAACUAGGAUCUGUUUUAAGUGAAAGUGUCAAAAUUGGUGUAUCAUUAGUCAAGUUCAUUUUAUCAAGAAAUUUAUUAAGUGGAGUGAACAUUGACUGCGAGGCUGCUCUUGAAAAGCUUUCAAGCUCUCAGAUUCAUUUACAUGUUCCUGAAGGUGCAGUAUCAAAAGAUGGACCAAGUGCUGGAAUAACAAUCACAUUGUCAUUGUUAUCUUUGUUACUAGAAAUUCCUGUUGAUCCUAUUUUUGCAAUGACAGGUGAAAUUACUCUAAGGGGAUUAGUCUUGCCUAUUGGCGGUGUUAGAGAAAAAUUACUUGGAGCUCAUCUAUCUGGUAAAGUCACAAAAGUUUUAUUGCCAAGGGCCAAUAGAAAAGACAUAAUUCAGGAGUAUUUGGACAACAUAGAUUCAAACUACACUAUAAAUACAGACAACACUGUUGUUCAAAAACAAAAAGAUAUGCAAGACAAACUUAUUUCAAUAAUAAAACAGGAACAGGAAAAUAUCCAUAAUGUGGAUAUAUUUGAGGAGCCUGAAAAGUACAUAAAAGAAAAAUUGGGAAUUGAGGUACAUUAUGUCGAAGAAUUUUGGGAUGUUAUUAAAGCUGUGUGGAGCAAUGAUAUUAUUGCCGAUACUAUCCCAAUAUCGUAUAAAACAAUGGAAAGUCAUUUAUGA